AUGACCGAUUCUUGCAUCCAAGCGGGGGUUGAUUUGGAACUCUUUUUUGAAACUUGUGAUCAAGCAAAUGGGUUUCUCAUCGAGCCAGGCGAGUGUGACAAAUGUGGCCCGGAUUCACAAUGGGGGGUUAUAGUUUACUUCGCGGUAAAUGUAGAAGUUACCAAGAUCAGAGGCCAUUAUUUGCCUAACUGUCGUCCAAAGACCGUUUCUUUUAAAUGUCAAUUCGAUAAGUUAUUCAAAGUGGGACUCCCUGAAGAAGACACCGCCACAAAAGCGUUCUUAUUGAUGGAAAUGACCAGUGACAAUGAAGAUAUGAAACGGCAAGCAAUUUCGUUAUUAGGUUUGGAUACUGAAUUGGCGUUCUGUGGUUCUAGCAAGCCAACUGCAUCUCAUACCAUCGAUAUUGACAAUCUUUACCUCAAGAGAAUCCAAGAUAUUAGCACCGAAUGGGACGCUAGUGAGUUAUCACAGACAUUUUUGAAUUUUGGCGAGCAGCUUAAAUUAUAUGCCGGGACAGAAAAUAAUCAUAAAAGACGUCGUUUGGAUGAUGAAUGA